UAUAUGUGUGUAUGUGUGUCUGUCUGUGCGCCUGUAUACGCGCACGCAGGGCUCGGUGUGUGAACGCCCUCAGACAGGGAAAGCGGGGUGUGCCAGCAAAACCUGCGCUGGAUUUCUGGUGUCCUGUGAGUUUCCUGUCUCUGGUGCCGCUGCAGGCAGCCAGGGGGUUGCUGUUUCCUGCCUGUUGGAGAUGCAGUGCUCUCCGGUGAAGUUGUCCUUGGGGAAUUGUAGAACUGGUGAGCAGAAGACUUGCUUUUAAUGAAAUAUCCAGCAUGUGUUGAGAAACACAUCAGAAAAUCAAGCCAAAAGCCAAUGUCAUCUGAAUCACCCACAGACAGUCCAGAGGUGCCAAUGGAAAAUACCCCGUUCCCUGAAGUUCCUGAUGUGGAAGGAAAGGCAAAGUCAAAUGACAAUCCAGUAGAGAGACUGGAGGCAGGCCCAGGCAAGGAAGAAUGCCUUGAGUCCAUGUCCAAGAGGCAGAGGAAGAAGCUGUUGAAGCAGAAGCAGUGGGAAGAACAGAAAGAUCUACGGAGGCAGAAACGAAAAGAAAAACGCCAGAAGAGAAAACUAGAACGUCAGUCAAAAUUGGAUUCCAGUAGUGAGGGGAAUGACAGGAAGUGCAUGCGCAGGGAAGUUGUUCCUAGCACACUUCGCCUCAUCGUGGACUGCAGCUUUGAUGACCUGAUGGUGUUAAAGGAUGUUAAGAAGCUUCACAAGCAGAUUCAGAGAUGUUACGCAGAAAACCGCAAGGCAUUUCAUCCUGUGCAGUUUUACUUGACCAGCCAUGGGGGACAGUUGAAGACCAACAUGAACGAAAAUGACAAAGGAUGGGUGAAUUGGAAGGAUAUCCAAAUUAGAACAGAGCACUAUAGUGAACUAAUAAAGAAAGAAGACCUAGUAUAUCUUACCUCAGAUUCCCCAGAUGUUCUCAGAGAGCUUGAUGAGAAGAAAGCCUAUGUGAUUGGAGGACUGGUGGAUCACAAUCACCACAAGGGAAUUACUUACAGAAAAGCUGUAGAGCAGGGAAUUGGUCAUGCACAGCUCCCACUUGGAAACUUUGUCAAAAUGAACAGUCGGAAAGUGUUAGCUGUCAAUCAUGUGUUUGAGAUCAUCCUUGCAUACCUGGAGAAGAGAGACUGGAAGGAGGCCUUUUUCAGUGUCCUGCCACAGAGGAAAGGGGCUGUUCCUUUGGGAGAAGCCAAUGAUUCAUCCAAACAUGCUCUGUCUGGAAAAGAAGAUGAAGACAAUGACUCGGACAGCAACUAGGCUUCAGAAUUGGAUAAUGGGAAGGACAAGACAUGCAGUUCAGGGAAUAAAACUGGGACAUGAAGUAGUUUUACUUCAAAGACCACCUGCGGCCCUUGUAAUGCUGAAUUGUCUCGGUGCUUGGUAGUCCCAGAGCUGUUUCUGUGCAUGAAGGGUUAAGUUAAAUGCAGGUUUUUACCCUGAAACUUCAAUAUAAUAGCUUUUUAAAAAGAAAAAAAAGAAAUUAAUGCAGCAUUUAUUUUUUUCCCAGGGAAGCUGUUUAAUUUAAUUUUUUAAAUGUUGUUUUUUAUACAUAUCAAGUUGGGUGUAAAUGCCAAGAACAUUAGUAGUUAAUAUUUUAAUGUAUACAUUCUUGUCUCCAUUUCUGUUCAUAAGUUUUCUUAAAAGCAAUGAAUGACAAGUGUUCCUUUGGUUCCAAAACCUGUACCACUAGUGCCUGCUGCAAAGUUGUGCAUGAACACUCAAAACAAAAAUUCUGAUUUUCCUGAGCAUCUCAACAGACAAUCACAAGCAACUGAACUGCCUGAUUUCUGUAUUGUGUUUAGUUAGCUGGGGUCAGUAGGUGAAGUAUGAAUGUGGGGUUAAGCCAGUGCUUUAUACUUGAGCUCGAGAGGGAUGGGUGUUAGCACAGAUGCAAAUCAUGUGCCUUGGUGGGCACAUGGUGCACACUGAGGUGACUCAAUCUCUUUUUGAUUAUUUCUUUGUAUUCUCAGCAAAAUUUAUCACACAGCCUCAAAACAACACCAGGAGAGAGGAACUCCUCCUUACAGGUCACUCAGAUUCAGUAUUACUGUGUAAUCACAAGAUCCUCUAUGUAUCGUAUUGUCUAUCAAAUAUUUUUCCUUUUAAAAAAAAGUCAGUCUUGGCUGGAUGUUCUGAUUCUGAUUCAUCAACUGACUUCACUGCUGUGGCAGAGUAGUGAAGUGGACGUCUUGGAAGUGAGGCUUUGCUUCAGCCCUGUGAGCCUGCCUAUCCCUUUCUUCUCCAGGGAGUAGCCAGGUAGCUGCAGUGCCUGAAUAAGUGCAGCUCUCACACAGGUUUCUCAUGCCUGAAGAGCUUGAGGUCAUGGCAUCCGAAGUGUGCCUCUCUGCUGAGCUGCAGUCAGAGGGCUGAUUCAAGUAUGAUUUGCCUUGUGCCCAUUUUUCUUGUUCCCUUCGUUGUUACUGCUUUCAAGUGGAGACUGCAAGUGGGUCCCCAUGGUCUGUAAAGGCUUGGCACCCAACUGGUCAUGACUGACACACUUAGUGCACUUCUCUCUACACUUUCUAAUAGAAAGGUUUCUUCUGUUAAAAGGAUGGAUUGUGGUUUGUUGCUGAAGUUCCAUGGGGCUUUUCUUAGGCUUUACAAAACUGUGGUUGCUUUGUUGCAGAAACUAGAUCAGCCUUUUCAUAAAAACAGUGCUGGUUUUAUUUCUGUAACAAAAAAGGCAGCAUAAGUGUAUCCAGCAUGUAUUACACUGAUUCUCUAACUGAAAUGUGUAAAAUUUCAAGGAAUUACACCAUAACAGCUGAGAGCACCUCACAUUACUGCAUGUAGCACCUAUUAAACCUGAUCUAAGACUC